AUGCCCUCUGAACUCUUACCCGAAUCAGUUACAAACCUCUUAAAAUCAACAAGAUUUUUGCACUUGGCCACAUGCCAUGAAAACAUCCCUCAUGUCUCCCUUAUGAAUUACACUUACUUCCGAGACCCCGAAAGUGAUUACAUUAUUAUCACAACCCCAAGAAACACAACCAAGUUUGAAAAUAUCAUUGCAAACCCAAAUGUGUCGUUAUUGGUACACGACUGGAUAUCGGCGAAGGCAACUACAUCCCAGCCAGAAGAGAUCAGAGAGGAUACCGCUAGUACUUCUAGUGGUAGGAGAAAUUCGUUGUAUGAAUUGCUUACUAACUUGAACAAGACAGAAAUUAGCAGUGUGUCAGUAAUGAUAAGCGGGAAGGCCCAAAUUUUAGAUCAAAGCUCGGAGAAAUUUGACUUCUAUAAAUCUUUACAUUCAAACAAUUCUCUGAUUGACCAAAACCAAGCUAAAAACUACAUCGAAUGCGCUGACAAUGCUUUAAUCGUCAUCAAGAUCGAAGGUUGUAAGGUAACUGAUACUGAUAACAAUAUCCAAGAGUAUCAAAAGUGA